AUGUUCAUGCACCCUGCCGUACGUAAGGGUUUUAUCACUGAACCAACUUCCGUCCCGUUCUACAACCACCAAGACCCCGUUUGCAUACAAGACGACCAAUUCCUACCUGAAUACUCCCAGGAGGCCGUGUAUCAUCAACCACGACUACAGACUCCCUUCCAGUAUCACCCGAAUUUGCAGUUCGUCUCUCCACCGUCUCCCGCCCCCUCCUCUCCCACCUCCUCUCCCGCCUCGACCGUCUCUCACUACCCAACCACGGCGGUGGCCGCGGAUUACUCCUCUGCUGUCUUUGACAGCAACUCUUUCGAGGCACCAUCGAUGACGCCUUCCUCCUCAUAUAACCCCUCAAUCAACUACCAACACUCGCCCUCGCCACAAGCUUCGCAACCCUACUUCUUCCAUCCUUACUACGACGACAACGCCCAAAUGCUGGCGCAACACUCGGUCCCAAACAAUCAUGGUUGGGAUGGCAACCUUCAGCUGCUCAACCCUGCCCGUAUCCAGAAUAACCUGUCGCGCAUGUCGCAGUACAACCAGGAGGCACAGAUGAAGGCCGCCUCCAGCCCGUCUUCCAGCCGGUCAGCGCCAGCAGGCGGCUCUUACCAGAGGUCGAAUGGCCAGUGCAAACCACUGCCCACUCCAUCUCAGACUCCAGUGCAGAACUCGGUUCUCGCAUCGUCGUUCCAGGAUGGCAAUCGAGCUGACGCAGAACUUGCUAUGAGACGGGCUGUUAUGGAACAGCAACAGAAGCAGCAGAUGCAUCAACAGCAGCAGCAACCACAACAACAGCAGCAGCAAUACCAGCCUCGUCACCAGCACCAGUCCAGCGACUACUCGCUGGCGCCUUCGGUGUCGACUGUGAGCCAGAACUCACCAGUUACGCCACAGACAGGCUUCGAGGAAAUCGAUGAGUCGUCCAAGACCACCAAUGGUGAGAAACGGUUUCCUGAUGUUGACAAGUGGAUGGAUGAUUACUUACAUCUCGAUUCACUUUCAGACUAUACCCACCAAACUCCAAACAACAUGACGAUUGGCAUCCCUAAGCUCAACCGGACCAUCUCUGAUAUCUAUCAAGAUGAAUUGUACAAUCCGGCUCUGAUGCCUACGCCGCAGGUUCCCAAGCAGCCUACUAAUCAGCAAAACAUGCUUGCCCCAACAUACCGCAACGUAAUUGCUGAUAGGUUGCAAGCCGCCAACCAGGGUCACCUGUCGGCGCGGUCUCAAUCUCCCAUGGGGAGCAUACAGCGAGAUCGCUCGCCUUUCCGGCAGAACUCUCCUAUGGCUGCGGAGUACAAUAGCGCCGCCUUGCAACACCCGCAGAUGGCGACUAGUGUGCCUGGAUCGCAGAACGGCGUGAGUAUCGCAGCUUCUUCCCAAAACGAACCUAAGACGAUGUCCCCCAAGGAUGCGCUGUUGGAUUACAAUGAGGGCGAUGACUCGGAGUUGCAUGCUCCUGGAAUGCCGCUAUUUCCUCCCUCAUCCCAGCCCGAUUUCAAUCUGGGCGAUGCGCUGAGUGGAUUGCGCCGUGAAAGUUCUUCCUCCUACCAGCCCACCCAAAACUUCACUUCUAUGGAGGCUUUCCCCGCACAAUAUGCCACUCACGCGUCCGGGCCGCAAUAUCACUUCGGUCAGCAGCAGCAGCAGCAGCAGCAGCAGAGUUCUCGCCAGGCACAGUCGCAACAAAACAGCCUCCUACAUCAGACCCCAGAGUUCCCGGCCUCUCUGCCACGGUUCGAUUCUACAGGGAGCGAGAUUCUUCCCACGACCGAAAUGACCUCUCCUCAGGGACAGCCAAGAAUGGCCAUUCAGCCUGUCAAGGCGGAGAUUCCUCGACCUGAGAACACCUCGUCCGACAGUGGGACAUACACCUGCACUUAUCAUGGUUGCACUCUACGGUUUGAGACGCCGGCCAAGCUACAGAAGCACAAACGGGAGGCGCAUCGCCAGACCACUCCUGGUGGACACCUUAUCGGGCGUGACAACUCGGCCCGGAACUCCCAGGCCGGUCCUCACAAAUGCGAGCGCAUCAACCCGUCUACAGGCAAGCCGUGCAACUCAAUCUUCUCUCGCCCCUACGAUUUGACCCGGCACGAGGACACGAUCCACAAUGCUCGCAAGCAGAAGGUGCGGUGUCAUCUGUGCACGGAGGAGAAGACCUUCUCCCGCAACGAUGCGCUCACCCGGCACAUGCGCGUGGUGCAUCCUGAGGUUGACUGGCCCGGCAAGCAGCGUCGGAGAGGCAGGGAGUAG